AUGAAGGUCUCGAUUAGUCAUUUGGUCUUGUUGUUUCUAUCUCUAUUCCAAUGGGUUUCUGCUGAAGUCGUUUACUUCUCUAUUGUCCUUACAUGGGAGGAAAGAGAAGUUGCGGGUUUUACUAGAGAUGUUAUCCUAGUCAAUGAUUCUAUGCCUGGACCUGAACUGCGACUUGUUCAGGGUGAUCAUGUUAUCUUCGAUGUUAGGAAUGAGUGUCCGUUCAACGUGACUGUGCAUUUUCAUGGCAUCGAACAGAAGGGCACACCUUGGUCAGACGGUGUUCCUGGCUUGAGCCAACGACCCAUCGAUUCAGGAGCCGCGUUUCGUUAUCAAUGGACCGCUGAUCAAUACGGUUCAUACUUUUAUCAUGCUCAUCAUCGCGGUCAGCUUGAAGAUGGCUUAUACGGUCCCAUCUAUAUCGAGCCGGCAAAUUCAGUGGAGAGACCAUUCAGCCUGAUUAUCACCGAGGAGGCUGAACUUCAGGCUAUGAUUGUUGCGGAGAAGAAUACCUCUCCUCUCAUACUGUCGGAUUGGCGUCUCUUGACAUCCGAACAAAUUUGGGAUGCAGAAGAAGCAUCCGGUGUUGAUGCAUACUGUGCCAAUGCUCUUUUGAUCAAUGGCUUGGGUUCUGUAUCUUGUCUGCCUCAGGCGGAGCUUGAUGCUAUAAGUGCUUCUCCCAACCUCCAACCUAUUCUCGGCAAUACGACUCUUACAGAUAUUGGAUGCUUUCCACCUAGUAACGUCGAUGCCGAAGGAAACUAUACACAUGACUACAGCAAAUUGUUACCAACCAUGUUCGAUGGAUGUACGGCAUCACAAAGCGCUCAUGAGGUUUUCAACGUCAAUGCAAAUGACCGAUACGUUAGCUGGGACUUGAUUAGCCCAGCCGGAAUCCUAGCUCUCACAUUCUCUAUCGACCAACAUGACAUGUACAUAUACGCGAUAGACGGUCGGUACAUACAACCCUACCUGGUGAACGCCAUCAACAUCCCAAACGCAAAUCGAUUCUCCGUUAUGGUUCCCCUGAACCAAGAGCCAGGAGACUAUACAAUCCGCCUCGUAACUGGUGCCCAACAACAACAAAUUCUCAACACAACAGCGACAAUGCACUAUGAGGGGAACUCCGAGCUCACUGGAUCUUCCGAUCCCUGGAUCGACUUCCUCGGGCAGAACACAACCUUAGGAACAAUCUUCUACAACGAGUCAUUAGUUGUUCCUUUCCCUGUCAUCUCACCUUCUGCUACUGUUGACGAAACCUACUUACUCAAUAUCGGACACUAUAACGCCUCAUACCUCUGGACACUGGGAAACAGCAGCUUCAACCUUGAACUUGAAGAGUCUCAACCUCUUCUUUUUAAUCAACAUUCUAUACCAAGCGAUCUUAUCAUCCGAACGAAAAAUGGCUCUUGGGUUGAUCUGAUCAUCCAAGUCGAUACACCUUUUCAAGCAGCUCACCCGAUUCAUAAACAUUCCAACAAACAUUUCGCUAUUGGAUCGGGCAAUGGAACUUUUACUUGGUCUUCUGUUGCGGAGGCGAUGCAGGAUAUACCGGGUUCUUUCAAUUUGAUUAAUCCACCGAUCAAAGAUACCACUGCUGCGCCUACUUCUGCGACCGGACCGGUGUGGAUGGUCCUUAGAUAUCAGGCUGUUAUCCCUGGAGCCUUUUUGUUGCAUUGUCAUAUUCAAGUCCACCAGAGUGGAGGAAUGGCGCUGGCUAUUUUAGAUGGAGUUGAUGCUUGGCCGACGGUUCCUGAUGCCUAUUUGUAUGAUUCGGGAUUUUGA